AUGAGAGAUUUUGGCGCUUAUCUUCCAAAUUACAGACUAACAUCCCUUUCUGGAAUAAAUACAGAUAUCGUGAGCCCUUCAAAUCAAUUCGUUACAAGCGAUUACUUAUCCACUUCUACUGUUUCUGCAACAUUUCCCGAAUCCGAUACCAGUCAUUUUGGCAAAGGCAAAUUAUCAAUGCACUCUAAACCUCAUUUUGAGAGCAUUUGCGAGAGCAAAAUGACCGAUCUAAACGAAAAGUUCUCCCUUAUAACAUUAUAUAUUGGAGUGGAACUUCUUGUAUUUGUGCUAGUAGGAAUAUUAGCUUUUAUUUUACUUGCAAAACAUAUUAAAGAAUAUUAUAAUAUGUCUCAAAGAGAGAACGAAGUAAGAUUUAGAGAACGUUCAAUCUCAACAGGUAGUAAUGGAAAUUCGAACCAACUUCUAGAAGAAUUGGGAUUGGAUGAGAAGAAUUAUGACAGUGAAGACUAUUAUAGUGAUAGUUUUAUUAGCUAUUAUGCAGGAGAUACAGAUGUAAAGGAGUCAAUGGACCAUUACUAUGCUGAUGAAGUUACAGGGGAGCCUAAGCAUCAUCCUGGAGAUGCAGAAGAUUUCAGUUUUGAUAAUACUUACAUGAGUUCUUUACAAAGCUCCGCAGCCCCAAAGAACCUAUCGAAUUCUCCAUUUGUUGUGAGAAAGUUUAGAACAGGAAAGCGACUCUCAUCAUGCUCCAUUAAUACUUAUGAAGAGUCCUGUAAGUUAAAGCAGAACUGUCCUGAAUAUCUUGAGACAUAUUUGAACAACUGCCUUGGCAACGAAAACAUUGCAAAUACAGAAGAUGUAGAGGUUGAUUUUGAUGAAUUGGAUAUUGAUCAGGAGUAUAUUGAGAUUCAUACGGCUGAAGAAAUCACAGAAAGAAUUGGGACUAUUCGUGUUGCUAUAUCGCUUGAACUCGACGGAGUAAAUGAUAUUGUCAAAGAAGUAUUUACCAAGCAUAAUAUAUGGUGCAGACUACUGGACAGCGAAGAAACCGAAAACAGGCUUCGUAGAGCCGCAUUUCAAUUGAUUUCAGAUCUAGUUCAAUAUCAAGACGAAACGGAGGUUUUAGAUGGAGAAAUCUACUUUCAACUUGCCCACAGUAUGCUCAAGGGAGUUUAUCAUUUGAUUAGCAGACCGCAGGAAACCACAGUGGAUUUAUUUGGAUCCACUAUGAGAUCUCUUUAUUAUGUCACGGCAUCUAUAGCUAUGCAAGACUUUCUGGAUAUGUUCUUCGAAAAGUGGUAUAGGGGCAGACAAUACGAGAAGCUAUGGGAGGUGAAAUGUGAGAUAUUCAAGUUGUUGCUAGUUGCCUCGUACAAUGAGAUCGUUUGCAACCAUGAGUUAUAUCAGGAAAUUGACAGAAAGCUCAAAUUAAUUGACUUGCCUCCAUCGGCAAAGUAUAAAGAGCUCUUACUGAUAUGGGAAGGAAUGAUACCGGAAAAGGAAAUAGGAGAGGAGAAUUUGAUUAUGAGAGGAAGCCCUUUUAAGAGAAAGUUGUCUACAUCAAGAAAUAUAUCAUCGGGAAGAUCAAAGAGACCAAGAGCACUAAGAGAUCUAACCAAUAUCAACUGA